AGGAGCGAGGCUUCACUGGCUGCUCUGCAGGAAUCCGGAUGUGAUGAAAAAGUUUUGUGUCCCGAGCAAACUGCCGCCACCGAACCGAGCGUCGAAGGCGUCGAGAGGGGAUCAUGUUUUCAGCUUUUCGGGCGUCGAGCAAAAACAGCUGGAAUAAGUAAAAACAGCAAACUUAUUACGAGUUUUGAAACAGGGCAGACUUUUGGACCUUGGGUUUCUUUUCUUACAAAGUUUUAGUUUUUUUUUUUUUUAAACUUUUUCCUCACGACCAAAGAAGAAAACAAAAGUCAGAUUUGGAAGUGGACAUGUUUGGAAGCGUUGAAGGGUGAGGAAAAAACGGGAAAAAAGAAGAAAAAAAAAGGGGGAGGAACUACUUACUUCUGUAGUUGUGUUUUCGUUUCCCCCCUGAGGAAGACACGACUGUCUCAUGUCCAAGGAGACUGUCCAUCCAUCAGACGGGCCAGCGGGUCCAGAAAAGCCCCCCCGGCACGAGACAAGCCCCCUGCUGUCAGUGUCACACGCGCUACCGCAGUCCGAGUCCAACCAGAACUCCUCUGAAGUGGUCGACGGAGACGUUGCCAAGGACCCAAAUGGCUUUCACCACGGCAGCACGGGCGCACCCACAAUGAGUAACGGCAAUGGAAUCAGCCCCGGCUUCGGCGGCCCGGAGCCCACGCGGACGUGCACCUGCGGCGCCAACGUGGGUACGAGGACUGCGAGCGGCUCGGGGCCUGGAACAAGUGCAGCGGCGACCGCGCCGAUGACAGAGCAGCCCAGGAGGCAGCCGUCCACGCCCGUGUCGCACAGGGUGCAGAGAAAAUUAAGGUCCAGCUUGUCAGUCAACAGUGAUGGUAGCAGACGUAGCAAAGGCAGCUCCACAGGCUCACAGAAACCUCCCUUACCAGAGGACUGCUGCGUUCACUGCAUCCUGGCCUGCCUUUUCUGUGAGUUCCUGACUCUUUGCAACAUGGUGGUGGCGCAGGCCUCGUGCGGCGCCUGCACGUCGGAGGCGUGCUGCUGCUGCUGCUGCGCCGACGACCUGGGCGACGACUGCAACUGUCCCUGCGACAUGGACUGCGGCAUCAUGGACGCCUGCUGCGAGUCCUCGGAUUGCCUGGAAAUCUGUAUGGAAUGCUGCGGAAUCUGCUUCCCCACAUAGGAUUCUUUGACGAACAAAAUGAACCCUGAAUUUGGGGAAAUAAUUGAAGGGAACUUCUGCUUUUGUCACUUUGAAAUCAUCAGAUGGACAGAAGCGUGUGUGUGUGUGUKUGUGUGUCUGUGAGUGAUAGUUGUGAUGUGAAUUUGCAGCAUGCUUAGAGAUGUUUUGACACUGGGCUUCUCUACCAAAACCAGCUCAGCGCAGACUAGAAUCUAAUCCAGAUUUAUCCACGUCAGUUAAAUCCUAUGUGUAUAGAAGAAAAAGUAUCAUAACAGACUGCCUUUUCGUUGUUUUUAACGUCAAGAUUGCUGUUUAAAUGCAUCUCAUUUUGCUUCUUAUAUUCAUUUUGAACAAACAUUCCAGUUUAUAUAUAAUUUUCUUUUUGAUGCUUUAAAACUAAGGUUGCAUUCUCAGUACUGUACAACACUGUAAGUAGUUUGUGAUGGCUAAUACGACCAUUAUUCCAUGUUGUAGUUUUGCCAAAAAACUUCCUUUUAGACAUCUACUGUAGCAUUCCAGGACAAUUUAAACUGGUGAAUUAUUUUUUUAAAUUCAGGGUGUCGAAUAAACUUCUAAAAUAUGUGA